GGCUACAGCCAGACACUUUUCCAAAAGCCAAACCACCAACCCCCCUCCCCCCAACUCUGGCCUUGCAUUUAACAGAGAUGCCUUACACUUUCGCUUUUACUUCAGAGCUGCAGUCCUUCAAAUGGCGUCCCACGAAGCUCCAUCUAGUAUAGAAAAGAAGAUAUCAGAGAGAAGAAACAGCAUGUCUGCUCCACCAAAUUUGUCUGAAUUAAGGAUUUGGUUGUUUGGAGAAGACUGGGUUGAUAAGAGUUCAGUGGGAAACUUGCUCUUGAGAAGAAAUGAAUUUGAAACAGAAACCUCUCUCCCCCUACAUCAAUGUGUUAAACAAGGCAGAGGACAGAUUGAGGAUCAAAGCAUAUCUGUGGUCAUCACACCAAACCUGUUUAACAGAGAUGUUCCUGCAGAUGAAGUAACUCAGGCACUAAAAAAUUGUGAGACAAUGUCUGCUCCAGGUCCACAUGUAUUUCUACUAAUUCUGCAACCAGAUACUUCCAAAGAGAAGCUCAAAUAUAUGAGUAAGACCAUGAACUCCUUGUCAGAGCACGCAAUGAAUCACACGUUGGUACUGGUGAUGGAGGGAGAGAAAAAAAUCAGUCCUGCUAAAAAGAUAGAACUUCAAAAUGUAUUUAAGGAAAAAUACCACAAAUUAAACACAAUAAUCGCAGAUCAACACAGUUUAGUCACUGACCUAUUUGAAAAAAUUAAAAACUUGGUGAAGGAAAAUAAAUGGAAUUAUCUCAGCCUGGAAAUAUAUGUAUCACCACCAGAGAUGCCAUCAAAGAAAAAAGUGAUGGAGAAAUUUGCCGGAUUUUCAUCAGACUUUAAACACAAAUUUGGAACACUUGUGCAAACAUCAUCUCAGAGUACAAGAAACAAAGAAAUGCCUGUUCUCAGUCUGGUGAUAUUUGGAAGUAACAGUGCUGGGACAACUUUAGCAAUGAACACAAUUCUGGGCCUCAGCGAGUCUGCAGAAGUGUCUGAAUUUGACACCCAUCAUAAAUGUGUCAAGAGAGAUGGUGUGAUAUGUGGACACAAGGUCAUCCUGGUUGAAAUGCCGAAGCUAAACAAAACAUCUCUGUCUCAGAAGGAUGUGCUGCACGAGGCAUACUAUGCUCUGUCUUUAUGUUCAUUUAACAUAAACGCAUUUCUCCUGGUCCUUACUGUUGAUCCGCUCACUGACGAUGAUAAAGUAGAACUGAAUUUAAUGAGUGACACAUUUGACACAGCUGAUGGACAGUUCUGGAAUUGUCUGAUGAUCAUGUUCAUAUAUCAAGGGAACAGACAGGACAAGAUUGUCAAUAAAUUCAUACAUGUAAACAAAGACAUUCAGACAUUAUUGAAGAAAUGUGGGAACAAAUAUUACAUACUCAGUGUUGAACAAAGAACAGAUAGUACACAACUCUCAGAAUUGCUGCAGAUGAUCUAUGGAGUUACUUGUUACUCGUCUGACACAUAUCUGCAGGCUCAGAUGGAUAACAGAAUUCAACUACAGGACAGAAUUAUAGAAAUGGAGAAAGAAAUCAGAACGUUAAAAAAGAUUAAUCAAAAAGCUGAGACUGAGAGAUCAAGCACAAACUGUGUGAGGAUUGUGCUUAUUGGAAAAACUGGAAAUGGGAAAAGUGCCACAGGAAACACUAUACUCAACAGAAAGGCUUUUAAAUCCCAAGCCAGUUUUAAAUCAGUGACAUCCUCCUGUCAGAAGGAAGUUGGGUUUGUUAAUGGACAUCCAGUCACUGUUGUUGAUACACCAGGUCUAUUUGACACACAAAUCCCUACAGAUGAUGUAAAGCAAGAGAUACUGAAGUGCAUUAGUCUCCUCUCUCCAGGACCUCAUGUGUUCUUGCUGGUGCUUCGAAUUGGAAGAUUCACUUGUGAAGAAAAAGAAACUCUUAACCUGAUCAAGGAAACUUUUGGGAAGAACGCUGGAAUGUUUAGCAUCAUAAUAUUUACUCAUGGUGAUCAGCUGCAAGAUCAGACAAUUGAGAGCUGUCUAGAAGAUACAGAUUCACAUAUGAAGAAGCUGAUCAGAGAUUGUGGAGGAAGAUAUCAUGUGAUUGACAAUACAAAACCAUACAAUUCUAAACAAAUCACUGACUUGCUGGAAAAAAUCAACAGUAUGGUUGAAAAGAAUGGAGGAGGAUGUUACACCAAUGAGAUGUUUGAAGAAGCAGAAGCUGCCAUAAAACUGGAAAUGGAAAGAAUAUUACAGAAAAAGAAAGAGGAGAUGGAAAGAGAGAACAAACUUUUACGCGACAAACAUGAGAUGGAGAUGGCUGAGAUGAAGAGAAGAAUAGCAGAACAAAGAGAGUUAAUGGAAAGAGAGAGGAAAGCAAAGGAGGAAGAACUCAGAAUUAAGGAAGAGUUCUUGAGAAAUGAACUUAAGAGAAGAGAUGAACAAGAAGAGAAGGAGAAGAAAGAAAGACAAGUAGCUGAAGACUUAAGAAGAAUAGAAGAGGAGGAUAAACAGGAACAAUGGAAAAUGAAACUUCAAGAAAUAGAAGAGAAACGGAGAAGAUUAGAAGAAGAACAACAGAACAGAGACCAGGAAUAUAGAGAGAAGUAUGAGAGAGAGAGGAGAAAAAUGGAGGAACUUCAUAAAGAGAGACUGAAGAGAGAACAUGAGGAAGAAUACCAGCAAAGACUUAAAGAGGAGAGGAGUGAAUGGGCGCUGAAAGAAAAGAAAAUGAUUGAAGAAUUUGAACAUGAAAAAAGAAAAAGAGAAGAAAAGGAAAAUGAGAGAAUUGAGGAGGAGCUUAAAGAGAGAGAGAGAAUAGAGAGAGAGUAUGAGAACAGUAAAAUAGAGAUGAGAAAACAGAGGAAUGAAUGGGAAAAAUCAUGGAAGGAAGAAUGGGAUAAAAGAAUAAGAGAAGAGAAGAAGAGAAGGGAAGAAGAGAGACAGAAACUGAGAAAGCUUGAAGAAGCAUUUGACCGAGAGCGUAAAGAGGAGGAGGAGAAGAGGAAGAGAGAAGAUAAAACCAGACGAGAACAUGAGGAAAAGGAACGAAAAGAAAUGGAGGAAGAAUAUGAAAGGAAAUUAAAAGAAAUGAAGAGAAAGUAUGAAGAUGAGGCCAGAAAACAAGCAGAGGAAUUCAAUGAAUUCAGACAGAAAUAUACUAAAGACUUUCACGCUCUCAUGUUAAAGCAUGAUUCAGAGAUGAAGGAGCUGAAGCUAAAGCAUGAAAGAGAGGUCUGUGAGAAUCAAAAAGAGUACAGCGUAUUGAGUGAACUCUCAAAACAAAAAGAGAAAAAUCUGAAUGAAAAAAUGAAUGCCAUGGAAGAAAAACAUCAAAGAGAGGUUGAUGAGCUGAAGAAGAAGUAUGAAUCCAAAUGUGUUAUACUGUAAUAGUUACUGAUAUCUUUACGUCCUGACAUGUAUAAUAUUAGAAGUUUAGGUUCCCGUGAGUAUCUCGUGUGUCCAAGAGCUGCUUUAACACUAGAACCACCAGAGGUCACUGUAUACCCAAAACCACCAGCAGGUAAAUUUUACCCAUGCUCAUUGCAACUAUAUGUAUAUGGCUAAAGAUCAUUAUUUUGCUGUAUUAUGCCACUGUCUUCACAAAUAAGUGUCUAGAGUCAUGAAAUGAUUGCCUAGUCAUCAACUAUAUUUUUUUCUUUUAGUUUCGUGUUCAAGGCUUUUUUUAUGCAGGCCACUAAUCCUUUUUCAUAAGGGUCAAUAUAAGUUAAACAAGCCUGCACUGACAGCGAGAAUUAGAAAGAUGCAUUUUGGUGGUGUAAUAUUAUACUACAAUGUCAUUAAUAUAUUUCGAUAUGAUGAUAUAAUCAUAUAAGAUAAUAUAUUAACCUAUGUUAUUUAAAUUACUAAAAUAGACUAUUUUAAUGAGCAAUAAUAAUUCACCACACUAUGAUGUGAUUACAAUUUCAAGUGCAUAGCUUCACCUAAGUAAUUAUUAAUUUGUUUAGUUAUAUCAUUUAUAAUUUGAAUAAGAGAACAAAACCAAUAAACUUUGGGUAAUCAACAAAUAGUUUUAUUCAUCAGAUCAUAGACUUUUUCUCUUCUUCAGCAAACGGGCAGACUAAAUAGCACCACAGAAUCAAACAAUAAACUACAGAAAUGGCAGAACAAAAAUUAAAUAAUAAAAAUUUUGAACAAUUAUGAGUAACAUUGGUAAAACAUUAAAAUGAUAUCUUGAUCGCUGUCUGCUGAGCUGAAUUGCUGAGCUCAGAAUUUCCUUGUUAGUCUAAAAACAGCUUAUACUGAAGCCAAUCUGCCAAAAUGACAGCUUUUGGAAUGUGCUACUUUAUGAUGUAAUAGUGUGGAUGAGCACCCCAUCUGCAGAAGAAGAGCUAUAUCACUGUGUUUAUCCCCAUCAACCGAUUUACACAUGUAGGGUUUUUGAGCGAGGCGAAUGCAGAAGUAUAUGCAGAAUCCAAACGAUAAAGAUGUACAGUAGGUAGACAGCCUAAAUGGGCAUUACCACCAUGGCGUUAACUGUAAUUCGGUCGUGUGUUAAAAUCAUUCGCGAAACUACCACCAGGGGCGCAAAGGGACAGAUUGCGAAAUUAAUGUAAUUGUAAAAUGAGAUAAAAGGAGGAAGUAAAACAACAAUAACAUUAUGAUAUGACAUUGUAACAUUUUUAAAAAACAUUAAAAAAAAAAUACAAUAAGUUACUUUCAAAAUGUAGGAUAGUCUUGGGCAACAGUCUACUCAAGAGAAAUUAAAAGAAGGAAAAUGUUUUUCUUUCAUUUUCCGUGACUGAAGCAGUCAAACGUAACAUAUCAGCAAGGCAAAACUGACGUCUAUUUGCGAAAAUGUGCUGUGAUGCGCUUGUUUGAUAACUUGUGGUUUAAGCGCCACUCAGCGGUCAAAAGCUGCAAAUACACUACAAACGCGGCUGCGGCGGUACGUGCGGCAGUAAAAAGGGCCUUUUAAAUGUCUACCUACUGUAUCUGAAGAAAAACCUGGCCUUGCAGUGCUAAGCUGUGGAAAAAACAGAGUUUGCUUUGCCUUACUUUUUAUCCCAAUGUUAAGAAAGAGUAAAUAGAUAUUCAUACUGCAUCUGUAAGAACUUAUUGUUUCAAUCGUUUACAAACCAGACACAAUUCAACACGGGAUUUUCAGAAAGAUUUUAACUAAAACAUGUUAAAAAAAACAUGUUGAUAUAACAUCUUUCGAUUAGAUUCAAAAACUAUUUUUGCAAAUUCAAAACGAUUCAAUUCAAGAUGAUUCACAAUUAAAUUGGACUUGAUUCUAUUAACGAUUAGAUUUUGCAUUCUUUAAGUGCAUUAACAGGAUUAUAUAAAUAUUUCCCCUAAAUUUUUUAAAAGCUUAGUCAGGGGGCAAAUUACACAGCCUUUAUGGUUAGAGAACCAUAGAUUAGAAAAACACUUUUGUCCAUUGUUAGAUGCAAGUUUAAUGAUGCUAUGGGAUGGCAUUGUAUAUGUAGAAAUGUAUGUAAGCCAAGAUUUUUAAAAAGGGCUUUAAAAGCAUUAUGUAUAAGGUAACAUUUUGUCACAACUGGGGCGUAGCCAUCAUUUCAGAAGUGACAGAAAUAUCAAAUACAAUUAUUUUCUGUAGGUUGAAUAUAUAUCAUUAUUAUUAUUAUUAUUAAUUUUUUAAGGAAUUCGGUUCUCAUCUCUUACUUUGAAUUUGCUAUAAGAAAUUACAUACCGUAAUUCCUCAAAUAAAAACCGGUAGUCAAAUAAACGCUGGGCCUCUUAUGCUGUGUUCACACCAAACGCGAAUAGAGCGUCAAAUUCGCGUCUACCGCGUCUAGUUUGCCGCUUGACCAU